AUGCCUUGUUUCACUGCUGUGGCGAGGGCUGGUCCCUGGGCUCAGCAGCUGACCUGUGACAGUGCAGGCCCCACUGCACGCUGGUGGUGGGUGUGGGGCCCACAGACCCCAAAUCUGUACAGCCCCACAGACCCCAAGUCUGUACAGCCCCACAGACACACCUGCACAGGCCCACAGACCCCUCAGCACAGCCCCACAGACACACCUGCACAGCCCCACAGACCCCCCUCAGCACGGCCCCACAGACACACCUGCACAGCCCCACAGACCCCCCUCAGCACGGACCCCAAGUCUGUACAGCCCCACAGACCCCUCAGCACAGCCCCACAGACCCCAAGUCUGUACAGCCCCACAGACACACCUGCACAGGCCCACAGACCCCUCAGCACAGCCCCACAGACACACCUGCACAGCCCCACAGACCCCCCUCAGCACGGCCCCACAGACACACCUGCACAGCCCCACAGACCCCCCUCAGCACGGCCCCACAGACACACCUGCACAGCCCCACAGACCCCCCUCAGCACGGCCCCACAGACACACCUGCACAGCCCCACAGACCCCCCUCAGCACGGCCCCACAGACACACCUGCACAGCCCCACAGACCCCCCUCAGCACGGCCCCACAGACACACCUGCACAGCCCCACAGACCCCCCUCAGCACGGCCCCACAGACACACCUGCACAGCCCCACAGACCCCCCUCAGCACGGCCCCACAGACACACCUGCACAGCCCCACAGACCCCCCUCAGCACGGCCCCACAGACACACCUGCACAGCCCCACAGACCCCCCUCAGCACGGCCCCACAGACACACCUGCACAGCCCCACAGACCCCCCUCAGCACGGCCCCACAGACACACCUGCACAGCCCCACAGACCCCCCUCAGCACGGUUAUUGAUUGUUAAGGCCUCUCAACUACAUGAAAGUUCAGAUGUAGGCCCUGGUGGACUUUAG